AUGACGGAUACUCGACCGAAACGAUCAAGUGCAGUUGAUAAAGAUUACAGAGAGCGAAAAAAACAUAGGGCGAAAGUCAAUGAAAAGCCUGCAAAACCCGAGAUUACAACAGAUGGCUCGAACGAACCACCACAAUACGAAAUAAUCGAACAACUUUAUAAAGAUUUAAUAGCACUGAAAGAUCCUGAUGAGGAUUACGAACUUUGUGCACUGUUCAUGGAGCUACCUUCGCGUGAAGAAUACCCUGAUUAUUAUGAGACGAUUAAGCAACCUAUUUCUUUAGAAGAAAUGAAGAAAAAAAUCGAUGCUAAACAAUAUAAAUACUUAUCACAGUUCAAAAGUGACCUGACUCAAAUGGUAACUAAUGCUAAGAAAUACAAUAUCAAAGAAUCUCAAGUUUAUGAAGAUGCUACAAAGAUUCAUAAAUUUGUGAAAAAAUGGCAAGCACCAAAAGCGAAAGCUUUGUUAAAAUUGCCUGGAGGAGCAUUCACUGGGUCAGGCGGAGUGGAAGCAUCAUCGCCAUCUUCAUCAGCAGCAGCUAGUUCGCUAACACCUACGAGGAUCAAAGCAAUCAAAUUACGAGCAGUAGAAAAGGAGAAACCUGAUGUCAAUAUGAAAGAAUUGAUGCAGGCGAUUUAUAAGAAGGAGACCAAGAAAGCACUAGAGCUUAUCAAUGCAGCCGACAAAAAUAUAAAUCCUAAUGAACUCAUAUCGGUUGAAAUGUUUAAUGAUAGUUUUACAUGGUCACCUCUCCACGCAGCCGCCUAUUAUGGAGAUAUCAAAGUCAUUGAUGCUUUGAUGGCAAAAGGCGCAAAUAUCGAAAUAAAUGACACAUGGUACUCCGCAACACCUCUUAGUUGGGCAGCUUAUAAUGAUAAAGAUAAAGUAUGUCGACUUUUAAUAGAAAAAUAUAAUGCCGACAGAAAUGCAGAAAAUAGCCAUGGGCAAGUGCCUUUCGAUGUAGUUUCAGAUCAAGACGAUAGUCGAUGGGAUGGUAUAUUCAAAAAUGUAGAUCCAAAACAACAGCCUUCUACAGCACGCUUAACAAGUACAACAACAUCAGCAGCAUCUGCUCGUCGUCUAUCGCCGCCGCAGAUCCGAUUACAAGCUAAUCCACAGUUCCGCCAACAAGUGCCUUCGGCACAAAAACAGCAGCAGGUACCAUUUAUUCCUCAAGGACCACAACCACAACAGAUCAUACCUUCUCCUCAAGCAGCAAUUCAAUCACAAAUACCACCCGCACGACUUCAAAUGAGAUCAGGAACUCAACAAAUGUUUCAGUCUAAUACACCAAGCGGUGCACCAGGAGAAACACAGGUUGUACGAAAGAGACGAGGAAGGCCACCUAAAGAAGAGUCAGAAGCUGCUAGUCAAAGACCUACGAGAGAAAUCGAUCUCAACACAAUCGAUCCUGUCGAUAUAGAAGUCGAGUUGUUCAAUUGCAUUCGAACACACACUGACAAUGUGAAUCGUCUGUAUUCCGAGGAGUUUGAAGAGUUGCCUGAUCGAAGACAGUUCCCAGAUUACUACAGAGAGAUUAAGGAGCCAGUAUCUUUAAGCAUAGUUGCACAUAAAAUGCAAACAAGAGCAUACGUGGAUUUGAAUGCUUGGAAAAGGGAUAUGGUUCAUGUUUUUGAAAAUGCUAUGAAUUAUAAUGAGCCAGGAUCACGUAUACAUCGUGAUGCAAAAUUGCUUUUACGUUUAUUACAUCGGUUGCAAGAUCGAAUCCUUGGAAGAAUGGGUGUCCCUAUUAGUCAAGAAGCGGCCGUGAUGAGCAUGAACCUAUCCAGCAGACCUUUCGACCCGGAAGCGUUAAAUGAGGAAAGGCGAAAAACGAAACGUUAUUUGACAAAAACCAGACAUUAUAGCACAGAACCAGAACAACGCCAGCAUCACCAUAUGGCCCAACAUCGUCCAUCACAACGUCAGCCACAAUUAACUGCUGCUUUAUCCUCUGUACCACAACAACAGGUACCAAAUACUAUUAUACUUCAACAACAGCAGCAACAACAACCUCAACUACAGCGUCCACCGUUUGUUGUUACACCGCCUUCGAUGCUGCCUCCUGUUCCAGGCCCACCGAUGCAUAUUGGCCCACCUGUUCCUCAUAUGCCACCUCCGGUUAUGGUAGGCCACCCCCAUCAACCCUCACCCUUUCAACCUCAGCCUUCUAUGAUGAUGCAGCCGCCCAUGCCAACGCCUCAACAAAUGGCCUUUGAUAUGAAUGGCCAAUUCAUGCCUCCUCCUCAACAGCCAAGAUCGCCUUCAGCAUUUACUCCUUACCCUUCCGAUAUGAGAACGACAAACAGUCCAGCUUCUCAGGGCUCACCUUUACCUAAGGCCUCUAAGGACUUUUAUGCUCUCUGUCAAGAUGGUUCAAAUAAUAUAUUUAUUCACGAACUGAAGAUCACUUCACCUAAUAACAACUCUAUUCAAAUCUCUGUCGAUGGCGAAUAUCCAAAUCACAGCGUGUCAGUGCCUUCCGAUGUCGAUACACUUAUUAUCCAACCUGAACUAGAUCGAGCUCUGAGGGCCGAGGAACAACGAUUGAGUAUUACUAUUUUGCAGAAUAAUGUUAAAUUAAACACACCUACUUUAAACGAGUGGCAAUCUAUUCCGUUGAGCAAAGGAACGAAUAUAUUGAAAAUUAACUUGACAGCAAAUUGUACACGACCCGAUUCACCUAUGCCUGAAUUCAUAACAAAGACAUAUCAUUUAUUUGUUACCAAAGUGUGGUAA